AAGCAAACGCAGUUCAACUUCUUACACUCUCAACUCUCGAAACGCAGAUCGGUUGAAGAUUUCUUCAACUCCAUAUCGCGAUUUUGAAGAUUUGUUUCCAAAAGCAUUCAUAAUCGAAAUCCUAACUUUCGCAAUCCAAAUCGUAGUCUACUCCAACUGAUUUCGGAGUUUCAAAUACGUCGAAAAUGACUUCGUGGGUUUGGACCUCUUGGCUGAAGCUUUUUUGUCAGAAACGGAAUUGUUUCCGUGCUGAUGCUGCACGCUGGAUUUGUAAUUGGUUUGAAUUUUAAAGUGAUGUUGUUAGUGAAGUGUGGAAAACCAAGAAUUUACCAUCCCAAUUUCCCUGACUUUGCAGCUCAAUUCAAAUUUUAGUUAAGAUGUGCCAAAAAAAAAAAAUUACUUAUCACAAUUGCUCUGAUUUUGCAACUCAGACUGCCGAAAUGAUUUUAUUGUCAAAAUUGGUUAUUGGCUUCUAAACAAAUAAUCCCAAUGCUCUGUUUAUUAGAAACUUGGGAGCCAAUCUGUUUCUAUAUGUGUACAUAAAAUAUUUUCAUAUAAUAUUAUGAGUGUGGUGGAUGCCCAUUAUAAUCAUUUUAGUUUAAGAUAUAAGUUCAGAGAAGGAGAGAUGAUUUCAGAGAAGGAAGAAGAAGCAUCAGUUCCUCGGCGCUUAUCCUGCACCACCUGCUUUGAUGCUCUCUGGUUUUGCUAUUCUCCUGUCCAUCAGAUGCAGCAGUAUUAUAGGCUUGGUGUCCUUGAUAACUGUUCCGGAAAAUGGAAUGCUCUUGUUGAUUGCUUAACUCUGAAAACUAAACGAACUUCUGUAGUGGAGGAAAUCCUGGAAACUCGAGAGAAAGCAAAGCCACACAUCUGGUCUUUUCGAACACCAGAAGAAGCGGCAUCCCAUUGGAAAGAACUUUUUGGAAAUUUAGACGAAGUGGAAUGACUUCUUCUCUAUCUUCUAUUUUCAUCUUUGUUACUCUUUUCAAAUGUCUAGCAAUGACAAGAAUAAGAACACAAGAGAAACCAGGUUUAGAGAGGUUUUGAUCUGUAAUGUUAUCAACAGGUUUAAAUGGUUACAUGAGAAGCUUUUCUUGAGCAAGAGUAAGCAUGACUAACAAAUUUUACGUUGUUUGA